AUGACUGCUGCUUUUACAUGUCAUGUACUCGAAAUGGCGCGCGACGAGAGUGUCGACACGGCCCCGUACGACUGGUGCCCUUUACCGGAUAUAAACGACGACGAUGAGUUUCGGUCCGUCAUCAAGAAACUCUCCAUGUACGCCGCCUUUCCCCUUUUCUUCAUUGCUGGCGUCGGCGCAAACGGCCUAACCACCUUGAUCUCCCAAACACACCAGGCCACGGCAUCGGUUGCUAACCACGAAUUGCCCUCGCGUAGAUACUUUGACUCGGCCAUUGAGCUCCCGAGCACGUUUGAGCAGCUCCGCACGACGCCCGCGGGCGCCUGCCUGCGCGACCUGGCCAACCACCUCGCCGAGACGUGCCAGAACCCGCUCAUUGUGAAUGCCCUGCUCGCACUGAAAUGGCACUACGACACCGAGAGGCAGGACCAGACCCUCAGCGAGGCUCGCUCCUCGGCCUGCGAGAUUGUCGCAUGGCGCUUCCUCGCGCUUCUCUCCGAUGCCGACGCCAUGCGCUUCUGCCUCUGCGAGAUUCCCGACUCACGCGCCCCUCGCCGACCGUCGCGUGAUGGUCGUGGUCGCGACGAGGAGGCGCAGCAGCAGCAGCAGCAGCAGCAGCAGUAUCCCGCCACCGAGACGGCACCGCUGCUCCCACGUCGGCGCCGACUUGCCAAGACGAGCCCCAACGGCAUGCGUCUCCGCCCACCCGGGGGCUCAUCGCGCCAGUCGCUGUGCCUAGACGACGCGAUGACGCCAGCCGGCGGCGUUGGCGACGCAGAUCCAGCGGUCACGUUUCGCACGCUCAACGGCCUGGAAAUGGCCGUCGUCUCGGGCGCCAAGCGCUUCCUCGGCCGUAGUGUCGUGCAGCGCAUCGUCGCGGGCAUCUGGCACGGCGACAUCAUCUUCUGGGACACCUUGUCGGUGCGCGCGACAAAACGGCCGUGUCUCUACGACCCGGCCAAGACGGACCUCUACUCGCGCCUGCGCGUGCCCAAGUACCUCAAGACGUUUGAGGCCUUUUUCUUCCUCAUCUUCCUGUAUCUCUACUACACGGUGCUGAUCCAGCGCGUGAUUGAGAGCGUCACGGCGACCGAGGCGGUGCUGUGGGUGUGGAUCGCGGCGUUUUGCUACGACGAGUUUAGCGAGUGGCUGGAUGCAGGGUCCGUCUUUUACGUGACGGACAUUUGGAACGUGUGCGACUUGAUCAUGAUGCUGCUCGGCUGUGUGUUUGCGGUACUGAGAAUCACUGGCGUGAUACGGCAAAGCACCGCCCUCAACAACACGGCCUUUGACAUUCUCGCUCUUGAGGCCCUCUUUCUCGUCCCCCGAAUGUGCUCUCUCCUCUCGCUGAACCCCUCCUGGGGCAUCCUCAUUCCAUGCCUCAAAGAAAUGACCAUGGACUUUAUCAAAUUCAUGGUCAUCAUCCUCAUCAUCUACUGCGGCUUCCUCACCACCUUUUCCCUCCUCGGCCGCGACCACUUUACCCUUGUCCAGAUGGCUGGCGUCCUGGGCAAAAUCUUUUUCGGCUCCAGCUACGUCGGCUUCGACAUUAUGCACGACAUUGACCCCUACUUUGGCCCGCCGCUCAUGAUUGUCUUCAUCACCAUGUCCACCUUUCUGCUCAUGGGCUCGCUCGCCGGUCUGCUCGCCAACAGCUUCGCACGCGUCAUGGACGCCGCCCACGUCGAGUACGUCUACGUCUACAGCGUCUACGUGCUCGAGGCCUCGACCAGCAACCGCCUCACCCACUUCUACCCGCCCUUCAACCUGCUCGCUCUGCUCGUCUUCCGCCCCUGGCGCCUCGUCCUGCGCGGCGACGACGCCUUUCGCCGCGCCCGCAUCUGGCUGCUCAAGGUUACCCACACGCCCAUUGUCGCCGUCAUCCGCCUCUACGAGAUGCUGACGCGGCGCAGCGCGGCCGACGGGUUGUCGCCGCUGUCGGGGUCAAUAAUGGCUCCGGGCGGGGGCUUUCGCCGCGCAGAGUCGCGUCUCGAUGCGGAGAGGCCGGAGAGGGGCCGCAGACGCGCAAAGCGUCGGAGGCUGGUACUGCAUUCGCAGGAAAGAACAGCGGUCGAGCAAGGAUCCGCAGAGGUGGACCGUGUUGCGCUCGAGACACGGAUCGGGGAGUUGAAUAGCAAGAUUGAUAAAUUGACUGAUCUUGUCAUAGAGAUGAAACGAAGAGAAGAUUCGCACCUGCGGAACCAAGAUUCAUAG